AGGACGCCUUGGCGGGAAGUCAGUGAAGAAGCUGCUGAUUGGACGGCCCAAUUCCUACGCGAUUUUGAGACUGCUGGGAGGAAGCGUUGGCGGGAAGCCUGUGAUAAAGCCGACGCGAGUCUUGUGGGCGUGUCCCCUGUUGCGUCUUGUGAGACUUGGUUUCAAGAUGAAGAGGAGUCUCCCCUCAGUUAGUUCAGUGCGAGCUAGUGCAGGUUGUCUUCCUGUACCAAUCUUUAACCAGAAAAAGAGGAGUCGACAGCCACUGACAUCAUUUCCCCAGAAUGAACAAAGUUCCAGCAGAACUUCUCUUGUUUCUGAAAGUUCCGAUUUUUGUGGUUUAGCAACAGAUUUAGUUUGGGAACCUCAAAGUACUCCAGAUAACCAAAGUAUUAGAAUAGACAGUAGCCUGCAGGUACUGCCUCAUGAAUCUUAUCAACAGGUUCAGCAACAUAAAACCAGUGCAGCUUCUCUCCACAAGAUGCCCACAGGAAUGACACACCAGCUCUGGCCAGGGGAGAAAAGUCUUCCCCACAGCUCAGGAAUUUCGAAAACAUUGGAUGCUAAGUACGGAAAACCACUAAGCAUGGAAAAAUCGAAAGAACAGAAAGUCUAUAAACAGUACCAUUUCCAGGCUCAAUCUGGGAAAAAAUUAACGGAACAAAUAUCUGCAUCGACAUCUAAUAGAUCGUCACAGUGCACUUUGUCAGGGACAAAUCUCAUGCCAUCCUUAAAUAGCAAAAAAAAUACAAGUAAAUAUGGUUUUGUUGACAUGCCUGAGGAAGAGAUGGUUCAGAAGGUUCCAGUGUAUCAAAUGACUUUUAAAGAAAAGAGCAAUUCACUACGAAUAUUACCUGCAACCAUUGAAAGCAUGAGACAUUGGAGUCAGUAUAAAGACAGGAUGGGUUUGCUGUUUGAAGUGUUAGCUACACUUGAUUCUGCUGUAACAUCUGGUGCUCAUGGAUCAAAGAUAUUUCUUUUGAGAGAUGGCAAACACAGUGUGCCGUGUGUGUUCUAUGAAACGGACAGAGAUCUUCCAAGGCUUAUCAGAGGAAGAGUUCAUAGAUCAAUGGGAAAUUAUGACAAAAAGAGAAACCUGUUCAAAUGUGUUUCUGUGAGACCUGCGUCGGUUGCUGAACAAGAAACCUUCCAUCAGUUCCUCAGUGCAGCCAACUGUGAGAUGGAGCAUUAUGUUACAGCAUUAAAUGAAAUAUAAUAUUA